UUUUCAGACACCGCGCAUGCGUCAAUGUUUCCAUGGUUACUCCAACGCUCAAGAGUUUCACAGCUAAACAUGGUGAGUUUUCGACAAUGUUGGCGAGUAAAACUCCUCUGUUUGGUUGUAAAUUGCUUGAAUUUGAUGUUUUAAACCCACAGGAUAAUUAUAAACCAUAAUUACAGUUUAACGUCAGUGAAUUAUACCGUCAAUAUGGCUACAGAGAAGCAUAUUUUACUUGCAGAGAAAGUUAGCUAUCACAAAGUUUUAAUUAGAAGCAAUAUAGGCUAUAACUGUGUGUUGUUUUCAGCCCCCCCAAAAAGUAAAGAAGUUAACUAAAGCUCAGAAGGCAAAACAGCAGCAAGAGGAGGAGGAGAGAAGGCUGCGAGAGGAAGGUGAACCAGAGUCCCUGACUGUACAUUCAGAUGGGUAUAAAUACAAGAUAUCACUUUUUAAACCCUGAUACCACUUUUUUCUUGCAGAAGAAGCUCGUCUACAAGCAGAGAAAGAAGAGCAGGAACGAUUGGAAAGGGCAAGAAAGGAAGAGGAGCAAGAAAAGCUAGAGUUAAAGGUAAAAUUCCUUCAAAACCUUGUUUGUUCCAACAUUAAUUUGAUGUAACUUUUUUUUAUUUUGCCUCCAUGAAGACAGUUAAUCUCAAAAACAUGAUCAACAACAGUAAUCAUCACAAAAAUCUGAUUUGAAUAGGCCUUCAAAUGCACAUCUGAACCUGAAUGAGUUUCUUUUGCUGGCAGGACCGAGAACGCAGAGAAGAUGAGCUGGAGGAGCUGCGCCAUCUACUGGAGGAGAAUCAUACUGCAGUCACCCAAUGGAAAAGGGAUGCUUUGGAGAAAGCAGAAGUAUGACUAUCAUGCAUCAGCAUGGAAACCAAACAAUUAUGAUACUAAUAUAAAUUCAUAUCUGUUUGAAACCCUCCCUCAAAGCAGCUCUUAUAUUUACGGUGCAGUUUUUCUUGUAUUGUUUGCGUCCAGUGGGAGAAAUACAUGCGCUGUGAUGGUACCCCAGACCCAGCGGUACAGCAGGAGAUGAACACAUAUAUCAGCUUAUGGAGAGAUGACCCACAAGUGGACAUCACACUUAUACUCAAGCAAUGCAGUGCUGCUCUUCAGGUUCGUUUUUAAAGAUAGUCAUUAGUCUCCUUUCCUAACCUUUGACUUGUGUGCUGAUUUAGAAAUGUUUAAAAUCCCACUGCAUCCCUACAUGAUCAUCAUAGUGUCAAUUUAGAAUUAUAAUCCUCUCAUAUAAGUGGAGGACGAGUAGAAAAGCCAAUUGUGAUACCUGGAAAUACCUAUGCUCAUAAAAAACAAUUUCUUUCAGCUGGUGGAGGAUUUAGAAGGUCUACUUAGAGAUGUUGAAGAUCCCCAAGAAGGCCAGAAGUAUCAGGAGAUCCUCAUCAGUUUACAGGAGCUAAUUCACUCCAAACAUCAUCUUGUCACUGAAGAGAUCCUCAAGGUACAAGAGGCGUUGUUGUACUUGUGCUUUUAUCUGCUAGAAACUGUACUUAGUGAUGUCUUAUUUUUAAUCAAUCUUAAUGUUUGUGUUUCAUGUCCUUUUAACUUAGAGGGCCAAUGCAAACGUUGACCUGGAGACAGGCAACAUGCAGACUGUGGUCAAAGAUGAGAAUAUCACACUUUGUCUUUGGGCCAACAUCAAGAAGAAUCCAAGGUUUGUAGAAGACAUUUCCUCCAUGGGCAUGUCGGAGUGAUCGAAUCAAAUCUAAAAGCAGUUUCAUGAUAAAUAGUAUGUUCAGAUUGCGCUCAUAAUUUUUUAACAACCACUCAGGUUUACAGGUUUGAACUUCGGAGAGGUGGGUUUUGGCUUUGAGCUUCCCAAACAGCUGGCUGUGAGCAACAUUGCUGUCCAGAUCCUCCACACACAUUAUGAUCACCUGUCCAUGCUGGCCCGGAUGGCUCACCUGAGAAUACCCACAGCAAGCUACAGGUACUAAUCCGCUACUGCGCUACUUCUACUUCUACUAAUACUUCUACAGAUAUGAUGAUUUGCUUCAUUUUCUGUUUGGUCCCAGGUCUCUGGCAGGUGAUGAGGACGUUACAGCAGACAUGGAUGAACCGAAGCAGGAGGAGAUAAUUGACGAGGAGGACAUGAAGGAAGAUAAUGAGACAAAGCAGGAGAGGGAAGAUAAGGAGGUGCAGUCUAUGCAAGGACUGGAAGACAGAAAGGUGAGAUGAAAGGAGUCAAUUUCCAGUUUUUGUGCGGUAACUGUGAUCUGUUUUCAUUCUCAUUGUGUUCGUACCUCUCAGAGUGAAGCCAGUUUCAAGUCAAGGAGCGGCAGUGCCCAGUCUGCAGGAGGUAGAGGGAGCCAGAUACAGACACAGAUAGAGACACUUGAUGGUAAGUUUGUUUAGCCUGAUAGCAGAUAUAUUUGAAUGUAGAGUAAGCUAAAGAUACAAAAAUAAUAAUUUCAAAUGCUACUUUUACACUCGCUUCAGCUGAGGGUGACUCAACUUCACCCUCGAUGCAGCAGACCACGGUUUACCAAGGAGUCCAGGUGGCAGACUUACUGCAGUACACACCUCUGGGUGGGGUUUUCUUCUAUGAAGUGUUUCAUCUCCCACCACAAGCCCAUCAAGCUAAUGGCUGGGAAAUAAGACAGGUGAAUUAUGAAUGGUUUUCAUGUUUGCUACUUACACCAGCCCCAGCUGCAGAAGUUGCUCAAACAAAACUCUCUCCAUGCUUAUGUUCUCCUAGAUUUUAGACGGAGGGCUGCAGGUGUUUCCCUACUGUAUGCAGCAGAGUUCUGCAUCAGAUGAAGACAACGCUCUUACCUGCCCUCCUGUUGGUGUGACUGUGACACUGCCUGAUCGUGUUGUCUUCUUGGAAACUCCUCAAGUGGCUUAUUGGGAUGCUGAAGGAAAACAUUGGCGGAUGGAUGGGAUCUCUGAUAUGUCUUAUGAGGAGGAAGAGGCCAAGAUCUCGUUUAAGAUGGACUCCUUUCGAGCUUUUGUGUUAAUGCAGGAAACUUACGCAAACUUCCCCUUCCAGAGCUGGGAGCUCAGGCCGCUAGACCAGAACUCAGCUCUUUUUACAGUAAACGGGGCGCACAUGGACAUCAGCAUCACUAUCAAGGUAACAGACUGAAACAGACUUCACAACUGAAGAAAUAUCAGCACAGUGCUCUUCUCAUUGAGUUUUUUUUCUACAUGACCAACAGGGGGAUCAGUGCAUGUUGCAGUCGGAGCAGGAGAGAGGUCUUUCUCACCUCAAGGGGAAGUGGAUGAGUGGCCCAGCUCUGCAGAGAGCAAUGCUGAAUACAGGGAUCAACAUCUUUGUGAAUGAGUUCACAGAGAAGUAUGUCAGCACAAGCGGAAAGGUCAGCAUCAGAUCAUUAGCAUUCACAAAAAACAUCUCCUUGCAUUCUUAUUUUCAAAUGACAUUAUUUUAAGUUCCCUUACAAGUUGUGCUGUCAAACUGCAACACUGCCACUCACUGUUGACUUGGCAGCUCUAGAUGAUGCUUCAGAGUUUUUCGGUGGUUAAUGUGUGGUUGUUUCUCCUCCUCUUCAGGAUCCGCUAAUAGAACACGCUGCAUAUGAACAGAUGGCCCUUUUCGGCUCAGCCUGCGCAUUCUCAUGGAGUAAGUGGAAUGCCAAAUGUGGAGCCGAACAUCUAGUCAUGCAGGUACUUACUGUUACCCAUGAGUGCUUUAAAAACAGCGAGCUUUUUCCCUCCGAGUGUGUAAUUAUGUAGUUUAUCACUCCCUCUAGGUGUGUGAACAUCACGGUCCUGCUCCUGUGCCCAGAGACUCGUGGAGACUUUACCUACUGGGGGCUCAGAGGUGUCAGAAGCUAGACAUCACAGAAAGGAGCGAGGCUUUCUCAUCAGAUCCUUAUCCUGGCAGUGAGUUUCACUCCACCUUCAUCCACAUGCUCCAGGAUGACAUGAGCGUUGAUGGUGUAACAAAGACUCGAGAAUCCAGUAACCUAUUUGUGGACACGGUACAGAGCCUGCUCUGCGCUACCAGACCCCUAAUGUACUCAUAA